AAUGGAUAGUAAAAGAGCAUCAUGAAGCACCAUAUUCAGUCACCAUAUAAACAAAUUUCCGAAAAAUUGUGGACUUUUGAAAAUGGUCUGUCAUAAUUAUGCAAGACUGAACCGAUCAAUCUAAUUUUUUUCACUGGAUUCACUCAACGCGUGUAUAAGAUCUCAUGUAAAUAUUAUAUAUUCAAAUUAUUCCAUUCAAAAGUUACAGCAGUUUGAUUAAGGGUGGCUUACAUUUUUGUUGAGUAUAUCGAGCUGGGAGUCUCCCUGGGUUAAUAUGCAGCACGGAGAGAUCAGUGAUAUGCAGCCGCAAACUUCGUGGCCGAUUUGCAAGGAUUUCCGCACGUACGUAAUACGCCGACGACGCUAACGACACACAGAUCAACCAUCAAGCCAAUUUUGAAGUCUUUUUUUGCCCGUAAAUUACGGAAGAAUAGAGAUCAAGAUCUGGAGGAUAAUCAGUCUGUCAACUGGAAAGAGCUCCCAUAAUGAGUACUGUGCAGCCACCCUCAAAAAUAGUGCUCAAAAGCACAACUAAACUAACUUUAAAUGAUCGGUUUACAAAGAUGAUCAAAGCAGCACCGACGUCUCCGACGGGAAGGAAAGCCGCAGCAAGGCAGGAUGCUCAAGUUUCCCAGGCUAACCGUCGACUUGCCCAACAGAUGCAGAACAGACCUUCCGUCAGGGCAGCAUUGGGCAUACCAACAUCUCCGCAAGCACAGCAGCAGCAGAUGCCAAAGCAGAGUGUGCAAGCCAGACUGGGCACCACAACACCGGGACAGAGCAUACAGCAACGCCUGGGCAACUUACGGGGGAGGGGUGCGGGCAUGAGAGGGAGAGGGGCUUUUAGGGGUGGCAGAGGGGUAGGGAGGGGGAUGAUGCAAAGAAAUACACAAGUGGGUGUGGUAAAUAGAGGCAUGGGUGUGGCCAGGGGUAGGGGUAGAGGAAGGGGUAUGAUGGCAAGCAGGGGUAUGGUCGGUCAAGGGCAGAGAAGACCCAUGGGACGGGGAAUGAUGGCCAAGCAAGGACAGAGGGGAAUGAGAGGGAGAUACAUGGUCCGUGGACGAGGAGGCGCAAUGGCAGCACCCGGUGGACGAGGGAGAGGGAUGAACCGUGGAGCUGGCAGAGGGAUGCAGAGAGGUGGAAUGCAGAGAGGAGGAAUGCAGAGAGGUGGAAUGCAGAGAGGAGCCAUGAGACAGCGAGGCCGAGGACUUAUGGCAGGAAGAGGUCGACAGGCACGAGGGCGUGGCAUGAGGGCGCGUGGUAGGGGAGCCCAGAGGGGGCGUGGUGCAUCCAACCCACAGAUGAGCAAAGAACAGCUUGACAAUCAACUUGAUGCGUACAUGUCAAAGACCAAGUACAGUCUUGAUGCCGAGCUAGAUGCAUACAUGGCUGAUUCCAGUGUUUGAUAUCCAUGACCUGCUGCAUUGUUAUGUUUGAUAUGUACUAUUUUGCAGUUGCCACUAAGCUAGGAGUUUGUCUCAAAGAAAUCUGUAUAUAGUUUUUUAUAUGAUUCGUUUAGCAAAGAUAUUCAUUUUCUGUUGAUACCUAUUGUGGAAUAAUGUAACAUUAUCAUUCAAGUAUUUUAGAAAUGUACCAAUUAAGAUAUACAAAAUUAGGUGUUUUUUUAGCAGAAAUCCUUUUUCACAUAACUCUAUAGAGAAAUGCCAAAUUCAACAGUAUUAUUCGAAUGUCCAUAUCUCCUUUGACCAAAGCCUGUACUACAGGUAGCUCUGUAUUCACAGGGCUUCUGAUAGACAGACUAAGCCCAUUUUAAAGUGAGAUACUACUUUUUGUGAUCAGGGGGUGUUUCACAAAGAUUUAAGUGUGACUUCGGUCGUACUUAAAUGCCGACGCAUGCAUGAUAUGCAACACGCAAUCUUAUUGAUAGAUACGCAGUAGUUCGCGUCCUCAUGACACGAUCUGACCAAUGCGGUCAAGCCUUUCAUACUGUACGCAACUCAGUAUUUCAGUGCGACUCUAAGUCAUACUUAAAUCUUUGUGAACACCCCUCUGGGACUCCACACAUUUUUAUUGACUACCUGUACUAUAGUGUAUUUUCAUGACAAAGUAUAUCUGGUUUAAUUAUAAAUGAGGAUAAAGCUUUAUGUUGGAUUUCAUGCUCUGGUUGUUUGGUAAUGAUGCCCCAGAAAACAUUUCCUCCACUGUGGCUCCACAUCAUUAAUUAGAAGAGGGUACUUAUGAUAUCAUCAACAUCAUCAUAGUGUUUGCUUUAGAUUCGGCUGCGAUUGAGAGAAGUAUUGGAAAAAUAUGUUUAGUUCUAACUUUUUAAAUUCACUGUCUUGUAUAAAGAGACUUGCUGGAUUUAUUUGCAGCAUUUGUACAACUCUUUGCAAAUAUUGGCGCUUGAAGACAUAUUUAUGGAGUAAUCCAAAUUAUCUGAUAUCUGAUAUACAGGAACUAUAGGAAAUUGUGUACAGGUUACCUACGCUAUCGGUCAAAUCCACCCCAACAGAAAGAUCUAUUGAAUAAACAGGAAAAUCAAAUAGCAUAGCACUGAAAGUUUAAUUGAAAAUGGGUUUGAAAUAUGACUUUGCUUAUAGAGUUCUACACAACAUGGGGUGUUGCAAAUCAGAGAAGCAAUGAAGUUACAUGCUUUCCAUAUAUUUUUGAAAUAUUUCAUUUUUUUCUUCCAGUAAAGUAUAAUUAACUCUGAAUUAGAGAAGAGCCUGAUUAUUAUAAAAUCUAUAAAAUUGAAAUGUUCAAUAUUUCAUACAAUAAAAGAAAAUUUGAGUGUGUAACAUUGAUCCCUCAUUUCCAUACUGUCCAAGAUAUGUGGGUAUUUGUUGUUUUAUUAAUAAAUUGAAAAUGAAUGAAAAUUCCCAUAUUGCAUCCAAUUUGGACAAAUUUGCAAUGUGCAGUGCUCAGUGUGCUUAUUAGUUUUCUCUAUUUUUCCAACUUGCUGAUGGGGUGGACUGAGCCUUUCAGAUCAGAAAUAUGUCACAUGCUAAUAUUAAUAAUAUACUGUUACAAUAUAUUGCUUAUAAUGGUCAGUAUAGAUAUGACUACCAACACACAAGCCUUUGCAUAGAAUUUGCAUUUAAUGUAGACGAAUAAUGUUUCUGAUGAAUGUCUUUUUUUCUUCCUGAAUUUUAUAAGAAUUUUGUAAGUUUGGUUCAUGUAUUUUCCUGUUCAAUUUUAAAAUGAUACCCUAAUGCAUGAUUUUUCGUGAAAAACUAUAAAAUGGUUAUGAUUUCAAAGGAGAUGAAAAAUAGUUAUGUUUAAUUAGACCUUGACUGAGCAUUAUAAGGAAUCUAUCAAACACAACAAAAAUUGCACAAUCUGUCACUUGAUGCUCAAAAAUAUAAACCAUACAGUGGUAAAAAGGGAAAAAAGAGAAGAAGGAAAACUAAGUAAUGGAAUUUGUCAUUAAUAUACCUUUGUAUUUUGGAACAAAAUUACCUUGUUAUGACAUCCAUCUCCAAGGGCUAGAAAUAAUUUUCCCCAAGUCAAUUUAUUUAUAUGUAAUACAGUCAGCUUUUCCUUGGCACUUCAGCACCUCAAACCACAUAACAUCCAUUGUUUAUUGUUAUACACCUCAUUAUUAAAGUUAUUUUUUAUAAUUUUACUAAGGAAGAGUUGACUGUGUUCUAUUUCCCUCAGUCGUUAUAUAUUACAGUAAAUGUUAUUUUAUGUGUAUUUAUUUAUGAACUUAUCUAUGUGUUAUUUUAUGUUGGUAAAGAAUUAGGCUGCCAUUUGUCGUGUGAUUUUAUUAUGCCAUAGUUCUCCUCAUGAUUUAGGUGCAUUUAUAUUCAACAAACUUGAUAAAAACAGUCUACCAAGCACAAAUUUCAAAAAGUUGGGUAUAUAAUUUGUUUUUUAAAUUCCACUUUCAUUGUUUGUUGUAAAUUGUCUGUGCUUCUAGAUCAUUUCAAUCUUUUAAACAACGUUCUGAAAUGUCAGAAUUUUACUUACAGAUUCACCCCAUCAACAAAUGGAGUUGAAUGAAUUGUAAAAGAAAAAAAUCAGACAAGUAUAGGGGUGGAAAUUCCAUCAAAAUGGGAUGUGAAAUAAGAAAGUUAUAACUUUUUUGUGUUGGGCUUCUUUUCAUAGGAUGGUCAUGUGCACAACACAGGCGAUAUGCAAAUGAGGGGACUGAUGAUGUUAUCAGCUCACUAUUUGUUUUACAUUUGAUUAUACGAAAUAUGACAUUUUCAUUUUCUAUCUCUUUGUAAUGAAAAAAAAAUUGUUUGGUGGAACAUAAAGGAAUUCCUUUUUGAACAUAUAGAGUAACUGUUUCGUAAAAAUAAUUGAAACUUAAGAAUGUCAAAACUUUCUUAUUUACAUCUGAUUUUGAUGAAUUUUCAGUGUUAUGCUUGUUUGGUUUUCCUCUUUUUAUUCAAAUCCACUUGCUGAUUUGGUAGACUUGAUUAUUAAAGCAUAAAAUUUGUUAACGCACAUGCUCCCUUUGAGUGUGAUACUUGUGCUUUCCAUUUACACAAUAAAAUGAAAACCAGUUGAUAA